UGACAGAAUUGGGGAUGCUAGAUUUCAGUGUCGCGCAGCACGUUGCCGAGUGCCUGGUGGUUUGGUUAAGUGCCGCGGGCGCGCGCCACUGCGUUUGUCAGCCACAGUCUGCGCCAGCUCCUGCGUCCAGGACAUAAGCUCGGCCGCUAGGUGUCCGCUGGCGCGGGCCCCACACUCGGUGUCUGGAGGUGCACCAGCGGGCAGAUGGCCUCCGCCCACAGCCCUGCAGCUGGUGCAUUGUCGGGAAGUCUCACAGGAUCUGAAGUACACAGCACAGAGCUAGCCGAGGGCUCUGGUAGCUCUGGGUAACAUAGUCUAAGCCAUCUGAUUGGGCCCAGCAAAGUAAUCCAAUAGCCAAUGAAAAGGUACAAUGAAAGGUUUAUUUACAUGCUCAUUUGUGACGACAACCUAUGAAUCCUCCAAUCAGGAUCGAAAGCUUACUAGCCUCAUUUGAAUACAUCGUCUAUAAAUAAUCGCCCCACUGCUGAGGGGUCAUUAGUUCCCCUAGUGUGAGCGACAGUAGGACGCCCGUCGCCGUUAUGCCCGAGCCCGCCAAGUCCGCGCCCGCCCCGAAGAAGGGCUCCAAGAAGGCGGUGACCAAGGCGCAGAAGAAAGACGGCAAGAAGCGCAAGCGCAGCCGCAAGGAGAGCUACUCGGUGUACGUGUACAAGGUGCUCAAGCAGGUGCACCCCGACACCGGCAUCUCGUCCAAGGCCAUGGGCAUCAUGAACUCGUUCGUCAACGACAUCUUCGAGCGCAUCGCGGGCGAGGCGUCGCGCCUGGCGCAUUACAACAAGCGCUCGACCAUCACGUCGCGCGAGAUCCAGACGGCCGUGCGCCUGCUGCUGCCCGGCGAGCUGGCCAAGCACGCCGUGUCCGAGGGCACCAAGGCCGUCACCAAGUACACCAGCUCCAAGUAGACGCGCAAGGCAGAGAUGAAUGCAGAGAAGAAAUGAAUGCAAACAGUAACUGAACAAGUGAAUCAACCCACAGAAGUUAUGAAAUACAAAAAGUCUGAUCUGCCUGAGAAUAAUUGCUGUGUAUCCCACACAUACCCAACCCCCCCCUGGUUUCUGCACAUUGAUUCAUCAAAAGGUCAUUAGUACUUCCUGUCUUGGCCUAAAAAGAUUGGC